UCAUUUUAAAAACUUUUCUUUUUUUAGAGAUUCUAGAAAAAAUAUAGCCCAGAAAAUUUGAGCAGUUAGUGUUGAAUGGAGAAAAUGAAGGUCUCCCUGCCGGAUUCGGCUAAAAAAGCAAAAUUCAAAAUAUCAACUUCAAUCAAGAGAAAAUUAAAGAAAUCCUCAUCAGAAAGUGCGCUUCAGCAUUUGGGGGAGGACGGCGAGAAUCCCAAAGAAGAAGGUUCUGAUCAUUGCAGCGGAAUAACAGAAAAUUCACUCACCAGCACUGUUAUGGGAGCCCGAGGAGGAGGAUUAAAGCCUGGAGUAAAUAUCCAACCUCAUAUUACAGCAGCGCUGGCGGUCAUUGAUAACAUUGGUAUGACCCGCUCUCCUUCACUCAGACGAAUUAGUGUUCAAAAAAAUGAAGAUGAACCUGUUGAAAAGCCCUCGCAGGUUCCUUGGAAGAGAAAGAAGAAACACUCCCUACCCCCGCAGAAACUCAUAUUCAGCUUCUCACAGGAAGAGGAGGAUAUUUUCGCUGAGGGCUCAGCAAAGUCUAUUGAAGGGAAUGGGGAAAAGAGGGAAGGGAAUUACGAGAGAGAGGAGAAUGGUGAAGAUGGAUUUGAAUACAAGGUUUAUGAUCCUUCAUCUCUUCCGCGAAUGAUAAUUCAUAAUGAAGAAGGAUCCAUGGAGCAGAGGUCGAGUGCUCCAACGGAUUUUCAGGAGCGCCAUCGUCCUCGUCCUGCUUCAGAAUCCUCAGGAUAUAAAUCCUCACUACAGGUUUCACAAGACAGGACGGAUACAGCAAGCAUGAGAAGCUUUAAAAGUCUGACCCAGACAAUUAUCUCAGAAGAUAUAGAAGAUACAAAACAGAUUAAGAAGGAGAAAAAACAACGCUUUUGGGAUUUCUUUACAAUGGUUCUUUCCAUUAUAUACGCUUUCAUCGUGGUCUGUCUAGGAAUAUGCGUGUACAUGUAUGAUAUCCUGAUUCGCAAUGGUAAAGGCGACGAGUUUGAGGCCACCCCUACCUUGAACCUGGCUCUGUCAGUGAUUGGCAUCUUCUGGAUGAUCUACUUGAUCGUCGACAUCAAGAAGUACAUCAACCACAUGGAGAACCAAGCUUUCGGAACAAUAGAUAUCGGAGAAAUGAAACUAGUUGAAGGAGAGGAUGGAGAACUCCAUAUUGAGCUAAACCUUCCGGACGAACGAAAAACCAUGCCGGAAUAUUAUGGAUUUACCUCUGGCCGGCAUUCAGGCAGUUUCUUUCUCAAAAUUGGAGCAGGGUUCUUCUGUGCCGGACACUUAAUUCACAUGGGUAUAAAUGUGACCAAGGAGAUCGUAUUUGCUUCCUACAGCAAAGGAAUCUUACACGACUUCUGCAGUAAACCUGAGAAUAUGAUGGUUGAUAUCCUAAUCCCUCUGUUCUCUCUGCUCCAGUGCUAUGUUAUCUUCAAGUUUGGAAACGUAAUUGUGAACAAGAACAAACCUUUGGCAAGGUUUGCCUUCAUGCACUGUAUUGCCUCCUGUCUCUGUAUCUGGAUGUACACUAUCACCAAUGAGACUGUAGACGCUCUAGUAGAGAAGUUUCAUGCGGUAAACACCUGUGAUGGUUAUGGUUAUGAUGAUGAUGGUCAUGAUGAUGAUGAUGAUGAUGAUCGUCGGGGUCGAGUGUUUGCAUCAGAGGAUGCUAGUGUCGCUUUAUUACCUAAUUGUACGGGUCUUGAUAUCUUCCAUUGUAACCUUGAACUCCGACACUUCUGUGUGAGUGGAAACAGUAUGUCGGACAGCCUCUUCAGUAUUGCCAGCCUUCUCUACCCAUUCUCCAUAGAGUUCAAUAUCCUCGUGGUCGGUGUCUGGUACAUCCUCUGGAGUAACAUCGGGAAAAUCAACGAUCACAAGGACUCGAUGCAUUUUCUGCCGUCUGUUACCCCCCGGGGCUCUGAGGAGGCGCUGCAUAGAACGGUCGGACACAAGGAGGCGCUCAUUGUUUUCGCGAAUUGCAAGUCCUCCAUCAAUGGACUCUUUAUCGGGAUCAGUAUCUUUGUGAUCACGAUUAUCUGCUCUAUUGCUAUCUUUGUAAUGGAAGCCUCGUGUGAUAAAAAUCUUGCCAAUGCUAGCAUUGACUUUAGUAACGUCUUGGAGAGCAUUAUUCUGGCAAUUAUGAUUGUUGUCUCUGUUGUGACCUACUUCAAGAUUGCUAAUUUAGAGGUGAACCCUGAUCCUAUAUCCUUCCUGGAUGAUAUGUUGCUUCUCAUAUGUUUACCAAUGUUUAUUCUCUACUAUAUACUCUGUUUUGGACCAACUCUAUUACAGGUUAACAAAUCACGCACCUCUGACCCUUUAACUCCGCUAAUAGUCGACGGUCUUCGACGAUGUACUAUGAGCGAAGAGAACCAAAGAAAGCUUAAAGGAAGAAAUACACUGAUGCUUCUAAUUGUUCUAAACCUGGCGGUUUAUCUCCUGGAAACUGUUCUCAUCAAAAGCAAAAAUAAUCAAAAGGUUAAAAUUGAGUUUUAUGGAAAAAUAGGAUGGACCGUUUUAAGCCAUAUCACUCUCCCUCUCUGUAUUUUCUACAGAUUCCAUUCAGCAGCAGCUUUGGUUGAUAUCUGGAAUGCUGCGUACAAGCCUCCAGAGCAUCACUAGUGUACAGUACUUUACAGUACCGUACAGUGUACAGUGUACAGUUAUUUAGACAUAUUCAUAGAUAAAACAGUAUAAACUUUAUUUACGAUAAGUGUACUGUAUGUUUAAUAAAGGAAUAUAAACAUUA